AUGGUCGACCAAACCACCUCCCGCCAGCGGCCCUCGCUUGGCCAAAUGCGCAGCAGCUCAUUCCUCCAAGACCACCAACAAUAUAAGCCCCCGCUCUCCGUCAGCCAGAACAUCGGCGAGGUCCUAGGCACCCAACUCACCGAAACCCUAUCAAUCAACCCUAUCAACCCAGACCCCGAACGGGUCCAUGACAGCGGUGUCACCUACAGCAUCUUCAACCACCAGGCUAAUCCCCUGGAGACCGGCACCCCGCGCAUCGUCGCAACAAUCUUCUACAAAUCCUCAAAACCCGUUCACCCCCACUUCCACCCCGAUUCUUCGCCCAAGCCGGCUGCGGGCGAGCAGCUGCCUUUACCCCAUGUUCCUGAAGGCUCCGCCCCCACUGAAGAUAUGGACAAGUUCCCCCGCGAACCGCCUGCUCCGGAACCGGAACCGCUGGAUCACAUCUACGGACCUUAUGUGUCGCAGUUGUGUUUGACCAACUUCCUGCAGAUUCUUGAGUCUCUGCCAACGCCUUACCAGCGUAUGAACACUUCGCACCGCUGCCUGGACCGUGACGCUCAACCCCGCGUUGUGGAGGUUACAUUCUCUCCCCCUCCGGACCCUAAGUACCUCUCUUUUGAGGACCUGCGCAAGCACGAGAGCAUCUGGCGCUUUGAGCGCGAGUGGAACGUUGAGGUUGUGCUGCAGCAGGAGAGUGUCUUCCGCCGACACAAGCGAUUGGCUGUGUUUGACAUGGACAGCACACUUAUCGAGAAUGAGGUGAUCGACGAGAUCGCCAAGUUCAUUGGUGUGGAGAAGGAGGUUUCUGAAAUCACCGAGCGCGCGAUGAACGGCGAACUGGACUUCGCGGCAUCGCUCAAGGAGCGUGUUAGCCUCCUCAAGGGUGUCCCCGCUGAUGUCUUCGACAAGCUCAAGUCCGUCAUCACCAUCGCAAAGGGUGCCCGCGAGCUUUGCGCCGCUUUGAAGAUGAUGGGAUACAAGAUGGCUGUUCUGAGCGGUGGCUUCCAGCCUCUUGCGGAAUGGUUAGCCGGCCAGCUUGGACUCGACUAUGCAGUCGCCAACCACCUCGAAAUCGACAAUGAAACUCAGACCUUGACCGGUAGACUGGUCGAGUCGAAGCCCAUCAUCGAUGCUGCUCAGAAGCGCUCCCUUCUCAAAUCCAUCGCUGCUGAGAACAACAUUCCCAUCUCCCAGACACUGGCUGUCGGUGAUGGUGCAAAUGAUCUUCUCAUGCUUCACGAGGCUGGCCUUGGUGUCGCCUGGCGCGCCAAGUCCAAGGUCCAGCUCGAGGCACCAACCCGUAUUAACGGAGAGAGCCUGGUCGAUAUUCUCCACCUUUUCGGUCUCGAGAAGGAGGAUAUCGUCGAGCUCACCAGCAAGGCCCAAUAA